CCUCUUUCUCUGGCAUCCUCUUCGCCAUCAACACUCAUUCCCCACCGACAACAACCCACGACCACCUCAGCAGACGAUGUCCACCCAACCCUCCGCCAGCGCCCCAGGCGUAACCCGCGCCACCCUCACCCGCUCCCCCCACACCUUCGAAACAUUCACCCUCACAACCCGCACCCUCACCGCCCGUUUCCUCAACUACGGCGCAACCCUCAGCCAUCUCCUCGUCCACAACCCCACAACAAACAAAACCCACGACAUUGUCCUCGGCUUUGAGGACCCCGCCGAUUACCUCCUCAACGGCAAACGUGACGACUCGUACCCGUAUUUUGGGGCCACCAUCGGCCGCGUGUGUAAUCGUGUCACACGGGGGCAAUGUACGCUGAACGGGAGGCAGGUCACAUUGCCUGUUAACAAUGGGCCUAACUCGCUGCAUGGCGGGAUCGAAGGGUUCGACAAGAAGUUCUGGACGGGAGACAUUGUCUCGCAGACCCCUCCAUCGGUGCGAUUCACAUACACGUCCCCACAUGGCGAGGAGGGGUACCCCGGCGAGCUAGCCGUGUCAGUCACGUACACCAUCACGGAAUCCCACGGCCUAAGCAUGGCCUACACCGCGCAACUGACGGAGUCCAGCCCAGCGGACGUGACCGAAACCGCGGUGAAUCUGACCAACCACAGCUAUUUCAACCUCUCCGGGUUCCGUACCCCCGAUGGGGCGACGGUUAAAGACCAUGUGCUGCUAUUGGAUCGCGGGUCUGUAGAGGGCGUGCUGGAGUUGGAUGAUACCCAGGUGCCGACGGGGAAGGUCCUAAACAUCGCUGACGCCGGUGAUGCGUUCAAUUUCAACCAGCCCAAGAAAUUGGGGGAGGGGUUGAGGGAGGGUCUGGACCAUGUGGAGCGGUUCAAAGGUUAUGAUCAUUUCUUCCUCCUCAGUCAGCACCAGCACCCACGUCAGACUGUUUUUACUGCCACCGCCUCGGACACACCCAUUCCUCGCCCCCUACCCACAAUCCACCUCUACCACCCCACCUCCGAACUCCACAUGCACAUCAGCACCACCGCACCGGGGUUCCAGCUGUACACGGCCAACUGGCUCGAUGGGAAAUACACGGGUACGAAGCCGGGUACGCAGGAAGGCGCGGUGUAUGGGAAGCAUUCCGGGAUAUGUUUUGAGACUUCCGCGUUGGUUGACGCGGUGAAUUUUGAGGAAUGGAGAAAAGGGGUGGUUGUGGGGAGGGGGGAGGUGUGGAGGAUGGUGACGUCGUUUGGGUUUGAGUGGGGUGUAUGAGUGCAUAGUACGUGAGGAGACGGCGUAGGUAGCGAGCAACACGUUCACAUCAGCGCGUUGUCAAAAAGUUUACGGUAAAUACAGUAGUUUGCAGCAGACACACAACCAACAGUAUCUCUUCAUCGAAUCUCUCUACGAGGAGAAUAAAUCUACAUGCUCAGAGGCAAACGUCAAAAAAAGAAAUUACAA